AUGCAUAUCACAAGAUCUUGUGGGACUUUGAUAUUCCUCUGGGGAGCAGUCCUCCUCUGCAUGGCAGGUGCAGAUGAUUUUCGCAGUUUGAUGGCUGUUCGUUUCUUUUUAGGUGCCCUGGAAAGUGGAGUUAGUCCUUGCUUCGUACAGUUGACAUCGAUGUUCUAUAAAAGAAACGAACAACCUCUUCGAACUGGUAUUUGGUUCUCGAUGAACGGGAUUGCUCAAGUGGUUGGAGGCAUUGUAGCUUACGGGAUUGGGCACAUUAAGAGCGAUAUACCUGUUUACAAGUUCCCUUUCCUUAUCUUUGGCUCCGCCACAGUUGUCUGGGCAGUGCCCUUCUUCCUUUUUGCUGCUCCAAGUCCUGCCGCAGCGAAGUGGUUAUCUUCGGCGGAGAAGGAUGUUGCCAUCAAACGAGUGUCGGAGAACAAGACCGGCCUUGACAAUAAGGAGUUCAAGCUCUAUCAAGCACGCGAAGCUCUUAUAGAUCCUCAAGUGUGGAUCUUGAUACUCUUUGUUAUUGCGAACAACAUCCCAAAUGGAGGCAUCAGUGCCUUCGGACCGCUGAUCAUCGAGGGAUUCGGUUACUCAAAGCUUGGAACUACUCUCCUGGGAAUGCCAUUUGGAGGAGCACAGGUCUUGGCUCUUCUCAUUACGGGGUUUCUCGCAGGAAGGAUUAAAAACUGCCGAAUCAUUCUUAUGUGUGGUGGCCUCGUUGUGGCUAUCCUGGGACUGAGUCUCAUGUACGCUCUUCCCGAGGAAAACAAGCUUGGCCGGCUUCUCGGGUACUAUCUUGCCAUUGGGUUCAGUGCGACUUAUGUCCUUUCCCUAGGGUUGAUUCAAGCCAACAUCGCCGGGCGAACAAAGAAGACCGUCGUAACUGCCGCUCUUUUCAUUGCGUACUGCGUGGGUAAUCUGAUUGGCCCCCAGCUAUUCUUUGAAAGAGAGGAGCCACAUUACAGAUCUGGAUUCAUUGCCAUGAUUAUUUGUCUGGCCCUGGAUUUUAUCUUGCUUGUCAUCCUGCACAGAUUAUAUGUGCUAAAGAACAAAAAGGUAAACCCACUCACUAUCAAGUUCAUGGCAGGCGACUGA